UCACAGCUAUAAAAUAUUUAUUCUAGAAAGUAAUAAAACCGAUAGUACGAAAUUCCAGCAAUAACAACUAUCGCCCGGCAGUUAUAAUUGCAAACUGCCAUUUCUGGUCGGUUGUUCGAAGCGGUCUCGGAGUUUCCCACAGUUAUACCGUUGAAGUUCCAUCGAUUGUUCGCAAAUUCGAUGAAUUCUUAAUGAAUGUGAUCAAAACAUAAUUCUUUGUCAUCAAAUGAAUGUUCAGGUCGAUUAUAUCGUUUCAGUUAUUUAGCCGGUUGGAAACUGUGCAGUUUUUCAGUUUCUCAGUUGGAUUACUGCACGACUAUGAAUCGGCGCAGUUUAACCAGUGCGGGAAACAAAGAAAUUUCUAUAUGUAAGUAUUACUCUAUAUAUUUCACUUACAGCUCAAUUAAUCGCUUGUGCCAGAAGAACAACACUUUUCAAGUUUUUAAUCGACAUAAAAUCAAUGUUUUAAAGUAUUCAAACCGUGCUUUUCUAAACGCGCUCACAUUUCCAAACGUUAAAGUUACCUUAGCACUCAAUCUAGGUUAUACCUAGGCAAUAAAUCAAUGUGACUUUUAAGCUGAAAAUCGAAAAUGAACGCGAAUGCACUACUGGAAUGCUUGCAAAGCAUUGGCCACUUCGGCCACAUAGUCUCCACUGAAGAGCAAAUAGUCCUGCAAAACAGCCUGCUGGUUUUGCAAAACGAGAACCAUUUCCGAAACGUGUUCUUUUGGGGUAAGAUUCUUGGAGCUGACAAGGAUUACUAUGUGGCUUAUGGAUACCUGAAAGACGCUCUACAUGGCAACAUUUUCUACUACAGUAAUAACGGAAUUAACUGGGGCCUGCUGCCUCAGCCAACCAAGAAUGGCUUGUUGCUUACCCCCUUGUGCACUACGAGCUUGCAAGGCGAUCCUGCUCUAAUAAUUGACGUGUUAAUUGAAAAAGAUGAAACAAGCAUAGAAGAGACUCUGAGGGCCGCACAAAUAAGAAAACUCAAAGAGGAAGAUAGACUGGCCUCUCUGGUUAGGAUUAUCUGCAGUGAAGCUGCAGUCGCUCCAAGAGGAGUCAACUUCCAAAGACCCGAUGGAGUUAUAGUGGAAAACUUAGCUUUUGAAGGCUUAUCAGCGCUGGAAGCUAGGGAAUUUAGUUCAUUUUUACAUGCCAGACCGCCCACCCAGAAAUACAACACCAACUUGCUAACGAGGGACGAUUAUAAUUACGCGAUGGAUUUUCUGGAUCCUUUGGAUAUCGACAUACCGGAAGGCAGUUGGAUUAUCCAAAUAUUAGCAGGAGACUCAAUAGUGCUCUUGAAGUCGCUGUUUUGGCCCGGACUGGUUUUCUAUCAUUUCCUGAAAACACCCCGACAUGGAUUUGUUUAUAUCGGCAACGGAAAACGGUGCAUCGAUGUGCCUUUUAUGUUAAGCCCUUUUGUUUAACUCACUCGCUUAUUGUUAAAUUCAACAACGCACAUUGCUGUUGAUAAAUUAUUAUGAACUUAUAUUUGGGCAA